AUGGGAUCUAACGGCAACCCCAGUCUCCCGGUGGCCAGACCAGUGAGCCCAGACCGAACUAUCGAUGAAGAGGAUCUCGAGUAUUAUCGCUUACCACCCAGCUACUGUAGUUUUCAACAGAAUUCUAUUGUAUGCCACCACCGCAGUGCCAUUUAUACUACAGGAAUCAUUACAGAGUUGGUUGGUCGUGGGGAUGCAAAAUCUAAGCACGUACCACGUAACACUGUGCUUAAAAAACCACCACCGCAACCCGAAACAUACACAAAUCAUCUCGCCAUCCUGCGCAACCCAAAACAUCAGGAGCGGAAAUCACAACCUGACAAGUACCUUUCGCCGCCACUCUCUAAUAUCUCACCAUAUUACGUCAAGCGAUUCGUGGAAACCGAAGCUCGAGAGGAUUUGAAACAGGGGAUCCACCCUGGACGUCCAGCAUUCACCUUGUCAAAAGUCCAGGCCCGCGAGUUAGAAGAAGAAAGGGAUGAAAUGGCAGAAUAUGAGACACUUAAAGCAAGCAGGUUAGAGGAAGAACUUGACAGGCUUGCUGAAGAAACUCGUAUGCUAGAGGUAAAAAAUCGCAAGCUAGAGGAGGUGAUUAGAAGAAGAGGAGCGACGAACAGGUGGAGGACGACGAAGGAAGCCCACGGGUGA